AUUCUUCCCUUGGUCGACUAACCAAAACCACCAGUGCAAAAUGCUUGAAAAAUGCCUUAACGGCAAGUGUCAUCAACAUAAUACCCCUGUAGUACUCUUGUUUUUUUGUCUAUUCAGAUUCCUGUAUUAGGAAUCAUACUUACAAGCAAAGAUGAGAUCUUUCUCCUCUUUUUAAUCUGAAUUUGCUUAAGCUUUUAAGCCACUUCAGUUAGGCCCUUUCAGCUCUUAGUCAUCAAUACCUCAUUUUCUUAGUUUCAAUCCAAACUCUGUUUGAAUGGCUUCAAACUUAUUAGUCACUAAGCAUUGCUUUCAGGAGAAUUUAGCGCUUAAGCAAUUCCUAAACUAGAUCUUUCCAACUUUACUUGGUUUUCUUGUCUUCAAUUGCUUAUGACAAGAUCUUCUAUUAGUCUUAUUAUUGAAUUACGCAAAAAAACUCGUUACAUGUCUUUACAAAAAUCUGAUGAAACCGCAACCUAGUCAAAGAAUAUCAAUUUGAUCAAAUGGGUAGAACACAGACUAUUUUCUUUUCAUUUUUUUCCCCUAGGCCAUCUUAAAUUUUCCAAUUUUAUUAUUUUUACACCAUAUUUGAACUUUUAUCGGUCCAAAAGCAACUUACAACAAGCAGAACCCUGCAAUCAAUUUCUUUCACAAUCUUCCUCAACAUUUAAUCUUAACCCGAUAAAUAAAUAAAAAACUAGAUUAACGAAAUUAAUGGACCGUUCACAAAGUUGUAUCACUAAAAACCUCGGAGAAGUAAAACAUUUAGGUGAAAACGGGUCUAUCAAAAUCUUUGGAAGGAUGGGUGAUUGAAAAUUUUGUGAGAUAAUGUAUGAUUUCCCAUAGAGUUGGAUAAAGAAACAGAUAAUUACAUAAAUUUAUAACAAAGAAAAUGCAACAGCUACUAUCAAAAGGAUGGAAGGAGGAACGGAAGCCGGUCCAGCCGACCUCUUGUGAUUUGUUACUUUCAAUUUGCUUCAUAGCAAGAGAAGCCCAUCCCUCUCUUUGCGGUCAAUUCCUUAAUGAAAUGCGCCAAAAGAGAGAGAGGGAAAAAUGAUGGGUAUGGAGGAACUUGUUGGAGAAGAGUAUCAUCCUCUUGCACACUCAGACCCUGUGGUCUUUGAGCUCAAUAGAUUGCAGAACCAACUCAAAGAGAAGGACAAAGAGUUGGGAAUUGCUCAAAAAAAUAUCAAAGCACUAAGAGCAACUGAAGUCCUGAAGGAUAAAGCUAUAGAACAGCUUACAAAUGAAUUCCACAACUUGGAUAAGAAGCUGAUGUUCGCUGAAAAACUUCUUGAUCAGAAGAACCUUGAAAUCAAGAAACUAACAAGUGAUAAAAAAGAAGCAUUGGCUGCACAGUUUGCUGCAGAAGCAACUCUUAGAAGGGUGCAUGCAAAUCAAAAGGAUGAUAAUUCCGUUCCUAUUGAGUCUGUCAUUGCUCCUCUUGAGGCUGAGAUCAAGAUGUACAAAAACGAGAUUGUUGCACUGCAAGAAGAUAAAAAGGCCCUAGAACGGCUCACCAAGUCUAAAGAAACAGCUCUGCUUGAAGCGGAGAAGAUUUUGAGGAGUGCUCUGGAAAGAGCUUUAGUCGUAGAGGAGGUUCAAAACCAUAAUUUUGUGCUGAAGAGACAGAUUGAAAUUUGCCAGGAGGAGAAUAGAAUCCUUGAAAAAACCAAUCGUCAAAAGGUGCUAGAAGUUGAAAAGCUUAGUGAAACUAUCAAAGAGCUUGAGGAGGACAUUCUAGCUGGUGCUGCAGCUGCCAAUGCUGUUCGUGACUACCAACGACAGCUUUGUGAACUAAAUGAGGAGAAGAGGACCCUCGAAAGGGAGUUAGCAAGGGUUAAAGUUUCAGCAAACCGAGUGGCAACUGUGGUGGCUAAUGAGUGGAAAGACGAGAAUGACAAAGUUAUGCCUGUCAAGCAAUGGCUGGAACAAAGAAGGCUGUUGCAGGCAGAAAUGCAACGGUUAAGAGACAAACUAGUAAUAUCAGAGAGGACAGCUAAAGCAGAAGCACAAAUCAAGGAUAAACUAAAGAUGAGGCUGAAGACCUUGGAGGAAGGCUUAAAAAAUGUGUCACCUUUCUCCAUCAGUCCUAAUGCAUUUCGUGGUUCUCCAAAACCUGAAAAAUCCACUCACACCUUUGGAUUCUUAUCGACCAACAAUGGUCAAAAGAAGAGAUCUACAUCACAGCCAAGAACGUCUGGUAUAUGGAAAAGAUCUCCAUUGCAGCAGCCAAACUUGGAAGAUGAAACAACCAUCGCUGCUGGAGAACCCAAAGAAGUUAAUAACUUGAAAAAGAAACAUGGCUCUGGAGAAAAUUUUCUGAGGAGAAGUUUAUGGGCAUCUAGAAGUAAGGUUGUUGACAGUGGUGAAAAAGAAAACAAGGAGAUGAGCAGAAAUUCCCUUGUGAAUGUUGACACGUUUGAGGACAAUGAGACUGCAGUUUCGGGGGACAUCACAAUAAAUAACGCAGGCAAUGAAGCAUCACAGAUUAAAGAAAGUGAAAAUGAUGAUAUGGUUUCAGGGUUUUUGUACGAUAGGCUUCAGAAAGAGGUCAUCACUCUAAGGAGGUUUUGUGAGGUGAAAGACAGUACUUUAAACACUAAAGAUGAAGAAAUCAAGAUGCUCGUGAAGAAGGUUGACACAAUGACAAAAGCAAUUGAAGUUGAGUCCAAGAAAAUGAAGAGGGAAGCAUCAACUAGGGAGAAGGAAUCUGUAUCAGCUAAGAUGGAUAAUCACAACAAGGUCAUAAAUGCAAAUGCCUAAAAAAGUGUUAAUAGGAUUCUGAAGAAUGUUGAAGAUGACUUUUGCCAGAUGAAGAAGAAGGGACUGGGAAUCAGCAGCUUCAUCAGCCACAUCUUGUGAUUUGUUCUGUGUAAAUAUAAAUAAUAUUUGAGUGAUGGUACAUAGUUGGAACAAUGCUCUGAUUUAGCAGGAGAGGAUUUGUCCAGGAAAGAUUUUUGUUGGACACAUUCUACUCUUGAGAUUUACAUGAAUGACAUUCCACAAUAGGUUUGAUUGUA